GCAACGAAACCGUCACGUGUAGCGGACAAAAAAAUAAAAUGGAAGGGAGAAGAAGUAGUAGUUGAAACUCGAAAGCUGAAUCAUAGAUUCUUCUUCCGAUUGCGAAACCCUUUGUUGAAAUUUAUGAUCAAUACAAUAGCGUAGAAGAAAGAAAGAAACACGAGAUAGAUUGAUUGAUAGUAGUUGGAGUGUGAGGUGAAAGGUGAAUCACAAACCCUAAUUCAAUCCUCUCCUCUCCUCAUCAGAGAGAGAGUGACUGUGAGAAGCAAACAUAGGUGUGUGCGUCUCCAAACCCCGCGGGUCUGUUCGGAGAGGCUCUCCGGCGGAGGUGGUGGUUCACUCCGAACCUCCACAACCUCCGGGAUCUCCCAACAUGAAGACCCUCUUCAAAACCAAGCCCCGCACCCCUUCUGAAUUGGUUCGUCAUACCAGAGAUCUUCUUCGACUCCUUCAACAAACCAAGCUCGAUGACAAGCAAAUGCCCGAGUUGAAUAGAAAUAUCAGGGACAUAAAGACAAUUCUUUAUGGAAAUAAUGAAUCUGAACCCGUCCCUGAAGCUUGUGCGCAAUUGACUGAGGAGUUCUUUAAGGGAGACACCUUGCAACUCAUCGUUCAAUGUCUUCCAAAUUUGAACUUGGAGGCCAGAAAAGAUGCCACUCAAGUUGUGGCAAAUUUACAGAGGCAACAAGUUCAGUUCAAGCUGAUUGCGGCUGAUUACUUGGAGAAAAAUAUGGAUAUUAUGGAUGUUUUGAUAACCGGCUAUGAAAACACAGACAUGGCUUUACACUAUGGUGCAAUGUUGAGGGAGUGCAUAAGACACCAGAUUGUUGCAAAAUAUGUUCUGGACUCUCCGCAUAUAAAGAGGUUUUUUGACUACAUACAAUUUCCAAAUUUCGACAUUGCUGCAGAUGCCGCAGCAACUUUUAAGGAACUCAUGACUAGACAUAAAUCUACUGUAGCUGAAUUCCUUUCUAAGAAUUUUGAAUGGUAUUUUGAUGAAUAUAACUCUAAGCUGUUGGAAUCUUCCAACUAUAUUACAAGGCGCCAAGCUGUCAAGUUAUUGGCAGAUAUGUUACUUGAGCGCUCAAAUUCAGCGGUAAUGACUCGUUAUGUCAGCUCAAGAGAAAACUUACGGAUUCUAAUGAAUCUUCUGAGAGAAUCUAGCAAAAGCAUACAAAUAGAAGCAUUUCAUGUUUUCAAGCUAUUUGCUGCGAACCAAAAUAAACCAGCCGACAUCAUAAGCAUACUUGUUACAAAUAGAAGCAAGCUUCUAAGACUACUGGGUGACUUAAAAAUCGAGAAAGAGGAUGAACCAUUUGAAGCUGACAAAGCUCAAGUUAUGAAGGAAAUUGCUGCCCUUGAACCUAAGAGCGACCCUUAAGCUCCAGAUUGAGUCAAGUUGCAAGUUGCAUUGCCGCAUUUUAUUUUAUUUAAUUGUGCAUCGUUACAGUUCUUUUAGAUUUAAUCAAGAUGAGGCUAUAAUUAUACACAAUUUCAAUGUUUCCGCUCUGAAAUUUUAUUUUGGUUAUGUAAAUAUUUAGAUGAAUAAAUAGCUAAAAUGAGCUACAUGCAUGCAGUAGCUGCACAUGACUUUCCUGGUGUUGGAAAGUUUUAUCACUUUGCCCCGCAACCGAGUAGUUUGUAAGUUGCGCAAAUUGCACCAUGAUUUUAUUCUGUUACUUAUGUA